AUGAGCUCCUCGACCGUGCUGGAAUGCUUAACUGCAAACCGGCCGCCACUCCUGUCGACACGAAGGCCAAGCUCUUUGCUACUGAUGCAUGGUACUCCCGCUCCGGAUGCUGGCUUCUACCGGUCCAUUGUUGGUGCUCUCCAGUACCUCACUCUUACUCGACCGGAGCUUCAGUACGCGGUUCAGCAGGUCUGUCUGCAUAUGCAUGCUCCUCGAGACGUUCACUGGACUGCCGUUAAGCGGAUUCUCCGCUACAUCCGCGGUGCUAUGGAUCUUGGUCUUACUCUGCGCGCCUCCACUGCCACUGAUCUGGUCGCCUACUCCGACGCCAACUGGGCUGGCUGCCCGGACACCCGUCGCUCUACUUCGGGUUACUGCAUCUUCCUUGGACCGUCCUUGGUGUCGUGGUCGUCCAAGCGGCAGCCCACCGUCUCGCGGUCUAGCACCGAGCUGAGUACCGCGCUGUGCUAA